AUGUCAUCUCAAACUAAGUUCAAGAAAGACAAAGAGAUCAUUGCCGAAUAUGAAGCCCAAAUAAAAGAGAUCCGCACGCAGCUGGUGGAGCAGUUCAAGUGCUUGGAGCAGCAGUCGGAGUCGAGGCUGCAGCUGCUCCAGGACCUCCAGGAGUUUUUCCGCCGGAAAGCCGAGAUCGAGCUCGAGUAUUCCCGCAGCCUGGAGAAGCUGGCUGAGCGCUUCUCCUCCAAGAUCCGCAGCUCCCGGGAGCACCAGUUCAAGAAAGACCAGUAUCUCCUCUCGCCCGUGAACUGUUGGUAUCUAGUCCUGCACCAGACCAGGCGGGAGAGCAGAGACCAUGCCACCCUCAACGACAUCUUCAUGAACAAUGUCAUUGUCCGCCUCUCCCAGAUCAGCGAGGAUGUCAUCAGACUCUUCAAAAAGAGCAAGGAGAUUGGCCUGCAGAUGCAUGAGGAGCUACUGAAGGUCACCAACGAGCUCUACACAGUCAUGAAAACCUACCACAUGUACCACGCAGAGAGCAUCAGUGCAGAAAGCAAGCUGAAGGAGGCCGAGAAGCAGGAGGAGAAGCAGUUCAACAAGUCGGGAGACCUCAGCAUGAACCUGCUCCGGCAUGAGGACCGGCCCCAGCGCCGCAGCUCUGUGAAGAAGAUCGAGAAGAUGAAGGAGAAGAGGCAGGCAAAGUAUUCCGAGAACAAGCUGAAGUGCACCAAGGCCCGGAAUGACUACUUGCUGAAUCUGGCGGCCACCAACGCGGCUAUAAGCAAAUACUACAUCCACGACGUCUCCGACCUCAUCGACUGCUGUGACUUGGGCUUUCAUGCCAGCCUGGCCCGCACCUUCCGGACCUACCUCUCAGCCGAGUACAACCUGGAGACCUCGCGCCACGAGGGGCUGGACGUCAUCGAGAACGCCGUGGACAACCUAGAUUCCCGAAGCGACAAGCACACGGUCAUGGACAUGUGUAACCAGGUCUUCUGCCCCCCGCUCAAGUUCGAGUUUCAGCCCCACAUGGGGGACGAGGUGUGCCAGGUCAGCGCCCAGCAGCCCGUCCAGACGGAGCUGCUCGUGCGGUACCACCAGCUGCAGUCCAGACUGGCCACUCUCAAGAUUGAGAACGAGGAGGUCAGGAAAACUCUGGACGCCACCAUGCAGACGCUGCAGGACAUGUUGACCGUGGAGGACUUUGAUGUCUCCGACGCCUUCCAGCACAGCCGGUCCACGGAGUCUGUGAAGUCGGCCGCCUCCGAGACCUACAUGAGCAAGAUCAACAUCGCCAAGAGGAGAGCCAACCAGCAGGAGACAGAGAUGUUCUAUUUUACGAAAUUUAAAGAGUAUGUGAAUGGCAGUAACCUCAUCACUAAGCUGCAAGCCAAGCACGACUUACUCAAGCAGACUUUGGGCGAAGGCGAGAGAGCGGAAUGCGGUACAACCAGGCCCCCCUGUCUUCCCCCUAAACCACAGAAAAUGAGGAGACCUAGGCCUCUCUCAGUGUGUAGCCAUAAACUAUUUAACGGCUGUAUGGAAGCGUUCAUUAAGGAUUCAGGACAAGCUAUACCACUGGUCGUCGAGAGCUGUAUCCGAUACAUCAAUUUAUACGGACUCCAGCAGCAAGGCAUCUUCAGAGUGCCAGGAUCUCAGGUUGAAGUCAAUGACAUCAAAAAUUCCUUUGAGAGAGGUGAAGACCCCCUUGUGGAUGACCAAAAUGAACGAGAUAUCAAUUCAGUUGCUGGCGUUCUAAAACUGUAUUUCCGAGGACUGGAAAACCCACUCUUUCCUAAGGAAAGGUUUCAGGAUUUGAUAUCUACUAUUAAACUCGAGAACCCAGCUGAGAGGGUGCACCAGAUCCAACAGAUCCUCAUCACCCUUCCCCGCGUGGUCAUCGUGGUCAUGAGAUACCUCUUUGCUUUCCUCAACCACCUCUCACAGUAUAGCGACGAGAACAUGAUGGAUCCCUACAACCUGGCCAUCUGCUUUGGGCCCACCCUCAUGCACAUCCCCGAUGGGCAAGACCCUGUGUCCUGCCAGGCACACGUCAACGAAGUCAUCAAAACCAUCAUCAUCCAUCAUGAAGCCAUCUUCCCCAGCCCCCGGGAGCUAGAGGGACCUGUGUAUGAGAAAUGCAUGGCUGGAGGGGAAGAAUAUUGUGACAGCCCGCACAGCGAGCCAGGGACCAUCGACGAAGUUGACCAUGACAACGGCACGGAGCCUCACACCAGUGACGAAGAAGUGGAGCAGAUCGAGGCCAUCGCCAAGUUUGACUACGUGGGGCGGUCCCCACGGGAGCUGUCCUUCAAGAAGGGAGCCUCACUGCUGCUGUACCACCGAGCCUCCGAGGACUGGUGGGAGGGUCGUCACAACGGCGUGGACGGGCUCAUCCCACAUCAGUACAUAGUUGUACAGGACAUGGACGACGCCUUCUCUGACAGCCUGAGCCAAAAGGCCGACAGCGAGGCCAGCAGUGGGCCGCUGCUGGACGAGAAGGCCUCCUCCAGAAACGACCUGCAGUCCCCCACGGAGCACAUCUCGGAUUACGGCUUUGGGGGGGUGAUGGGCCGAGUGCGGUUACGAUCUGACGGAGCAGCCAUCCCCAGGCGCCGAAGCGGGGGCGACACACACAGCCCACCCCGGGGCCUGGGCCCCAGCAUAGACACACCACCCCGGGCCGCCGCCUGCCCCAGCAGCCCCCACAAAAUCCCCCUCACUCGGGGAAGGAUCGAGAGCCCUGAGAAGCGGAGGAUGGCGACGUUCGGGAGCGCCGGCAGCAUCAACUACCCCGACAAGAAGGCGCUCUCCGAAGGGCACAGCGUGCGGUCGACGUGCGGUUCCACCAGGCACAGCAGCCUGGGGGACCACAAGUCCCUGGAGGCCGAGGCCCUGGCUGAAGACAUUGAGAAGACCAUGAGUACGGCUCUGCACGAGCUCCGGGAGCUGGAGAGGCAGAACACGGUCAAGCAGGCGCCAGACGUGGUGCUGGACACCCUGGAGCCCCUGAAGAACCCGCCAGGCCCCAUCAGCUCGGAACCGGCCAGCCCGCUGCACACCAUCGUCAUCCGCGACCCCGACGCCGCCAUGCGCCGCAGCAGCAGCAGCUCCACCGAGAUGAUGACCACCUUCAAGCCAGCCCUGUCGGCGCGCCUGGCCGGCGCCCAGCUGCGCCCGCCCCCCGUGCGGCCGGCGCGGCCCGCGGUCCAGCACCGGUCCAGCAGCAGCAGCAGCUCAGGAGUGGGCAGCCCGGCCGUGACGCCCACCGAGAAGGUCUUCCCCAGCAGCUCGGCCGACAAGUCGGGCACCAUGUGA